CGGGGCACGUGACGCCUCCUCCACUCGCACAAAAUGGCGGCGCCCUUGUUGCGCCGCAAUCUGAGUUGGCUUCGGAUGAAGAAUGGCAGCUUCGGGCAUGGCGCUAAGCUUCAUGGCCGGGAGGCUCCGGUGGCGGAUAGCGCGCCCUACCGGAAUGCGAGGGAGGCUGCGGCAAAGCCGAGACGUGAUGCUCCCUGGGCAGCAGUGGUGGGCCUGGAAGUUCAUGCACAGAUCUGCUCCAAUACAAAGCUUUUCUCUGGUUCUCAAGUCCAAUUUGCAGCACCACCUAACUCUUUAGUAUCUUUCUUUGAUGCUUCUCUACCAGGAACACUUCCGGUUCUCAACAGGAGAUGUGUAGAAGCAGCCGUAAUCACGGGCCUUGCGCUGAACUGCACCAUAAACAAGAAGUCCUUGUUUGACAGGAAGCACUAUUUUUAUGCAGAUCUGCCUGCUGGCUACCAGAUCACUCAACAGAGGCUCCCCAUUGCUGUGAAUGGAACACUGUCAUACAGCCUGUGUGUAGGGAAGAACCAGAAUGAUAUAAUAACCAAGACUGUGAGAAUAAAACAGAUACAGUUGGAGCAAGACAGUGGGAAAAGCCUUCAUGAUGAUUUAAGAAGCCAGACACUAAUCGAUUUGAACAGAGCAGGAGUUGGCCUCAUGGAGGUUGUCAUGGAGCCCGAUAUGUGCUGUGGAGAAGAGGCUGCCGCAGCAGUGAGAGAGCUUCAACUUAUCCUACAGACUCUUGGGAGCAGCCAAGCAAACAUGGCAGAGGGCCAGCUGAGAGUAGAUGCCAAUGUGUCUGUGCAUCACCCUGGACAGCAGUAUGGAGUGAGAGCUGAAGUGAAGAAUAUCAACAGUGCUCGAUUCCUUGCAAAGGCAAUAGACUAUGAAAUACAAAGGCAGAUUGAAGAGCUAGAGAAUGGCGGAACUGUUUUGAAUGAAACUAGAACCUUUGAUUUUAAGCUUGGGCGCACCAUCGCAAUGAGGGAUAAAGAAGGAAAGCAGGACUAUCGGUUCAUGCCAGAGCCAAACCUCCCACCAUUGAUUCUUCAUGAUGCUAAAUCUUUGCCUGAUAACACAAGCUCUCAGCAAGUGGUAAACAUCGAUUGGCUGCGGGAGAGGCUUCCAGACCUCCCUAGUGCAAAGAGAGCAAAGCUUGUUGAAUGUUACGGGAUUCUGCCCCAGCACAGUUUUACCUUAUUGAAUGAAGAUGGAUUAAUGGAAUUCUUUGAAAUGGUUGUGAAAGGAACAGAAAUGAAUCCCAGAAAAGUAGUUGGCUGGAUUCUGACAGAUAUGCUUGGGUAUUUAAAAAAGCAUAAUCUUGCAGUAAAGGAAAGUCCAGUCAGUCCUACUCUUUUGGCUGAACUUCUGAACCUUCUAGAAAAUGGAAGGAUUUCUUCUCCAGUAGCAAAACAAGUGUUGGAAGAGAUGUGGAAGGGGGAAGGGAAGACUCCAGCUCUGAUUGUUAAAGAAAAGAAACUUGAACUGAUUCGGGAUCGGAAUGAGCUCAAGCACAUCUGUCAGGCUGUGAUGGAAGGCCAUCAGAAAGAGGUGGCAGAAAUAAAGAAGGGAAACCAAAAAGUGCUGAAUAAGCUCAUUGGACAGGUUCAGAAAAAAACAAGAGGACGAGCAGACCCUGUACUGGUGAAAGAAAUACUAGAGAAGCUGCUAUCAUAGAAGCCUAGACUGCAAAUUUGGUAUCUACCAUACCUUUCUUGGCAUCUGAAGCAUCAAAGUGGUAAUUAAUGGAGCCUUUAGCAAUAAAUCUGUUCAAGACCAGUGCUGAAAAAAAAAGGGGGGGGGAACCUCCUUUGUCCACCUUGGCCAGUUUUGACUGUUGAGACUGUUCUGCCCAUAGGACUUAAGUGUAAAUAUAUUUUCAGAUUGCUAUUCCAUUAAGCACCAUUUUGAAGCAGUCCAACUAUUUCUCCACAUUGUAAUCCAUGAAGGAAGUUUCACUUUGGAUCUUAAUGCCAUUAUAGCUUUUUUGUUAAAAGAAAAGGAAGACAUGUUUCUCAUUCCCUUGAGAAAGGGUUAAAGCAACUUUAAUAAGUCCAGGCACCUGUUUCACCCCAGCCAUGCCAUGCAGUGCUCCUGCACCCCAAUAGACCUCACUGCUGUAUGUUAUCUAAAUUUGGUGGCAACUAGAAAUAGGAAAAGAAAUCCACUUCCAGCCCUCACCCCCACAUUUUGUGCUACAAGCACAAGCUCCCUGCAUGUCUUCUUUAGUAAGAAAACAUGCCCUUUCCAAUUUGCUGCUGUGCUUACAGAAGAAAUGAUGAGGGUUGUAGAGCUGCAAGAAGGACCAGACUGUGUCUUAUGCCUUAGAUGAUGUCUCUCAGCUACUGCAUAGCACCACUAGCAACCAUCAGUAAGGUUGUGAGUCCUUUAGAUUUAUAUCAAAAUAAACAAGGCAGUACCCUUAUUGUGAAGAUAGAAGCUUUUAAAAAAAAUCUUUAACUUUAUUUUGUAAAAAAUCUCUUCUUUGUAACCACUAAUUCUGUAUAUUGCAGGAGGAAAUAUAUUACCAAGACUUUAAGCAACAGAGCUACUUGUCUUCUAGAAUUUUCAGACAGUUCUUUCUAAUAUAUGCCCCUUUACUUCAGUCACUACAGAGAAGAAAUAUUUUACACACUUUUUGAUUGAAGCCAAGAGAAGUUAGGCUGUACCUCUCAAAUGUUUUCAGGCAUUUGUUUUCACUACCAUCUAGAAGUUCUGUCAUGGCAUGUCAAGACACAAAGGGGUAUAAAAACAUUUUUCAGUGUUUAAUGAAUAAAAAUUGUACAUAAAAUAACUUUUUAUAAGUAAUAAAACAGAAACAUUUAUUUUGUUUGGAUCAUCUUGGACAUUUUGUACUUUCCUCUUUAAAAAGUGAGCUGUGCAUUUAUACUGAAAACUGAACAAAGGCUGCAUUCAUAAAAUACAGAUGCAUGUCUCCAUGAAAUGAGGUAUUGUCAUAUAUCAGCAGAUAAUGUUCCUGGUUUCAUACCACACGUUUUGGUCAGAGCAGCCAGCCGCAUUGCCUUUUUCUGUCUGUGUCCAUACAUUUUGUUCUAUGAUGGCUCAAUGGGACAUCAGUUUAUAUGAGUGAACACACCAUGCCUGGCAUCCUGUUGGCUAAUCCCAAGUAGAUCCAUUCAGUCAGCUGUUGAAUGGUGACUCAGCACCAUUGAAUCAUUGGCCCACUCCAGUCAAGGCUAGUAGCAGGAUUGAGGCCAUUGGCUGUUAGUAACCCAUGAAAAUAUAAUUCCACCUUAUGCCUGCAUAUUUACAUCUGUUGUUGUUGCAGUGUUUGUAUCCCUUCCUCCUUUCAGAAUAACUGAAGGCCCCUUGAACAUACCACUGAACUGCAGCUGCCAUGUCCAGUCCAUGACUGGUGGAGGAGAGUGGAGGUGGAUCAGAGAAACAUAUAGCCAGAUGUGAAAAGAUUACAUCAUCUUCUGGGACUUCUGGACUACCCCAAUGGCUUUCAAUGGGAUGAUAUAAUCAUUCUGCAACUGGCUGCAUGGACAGACCCAUCUCUCAUCUCUCCAACUCCUGCCAACCAUAGAGUGGCCAUAGGGCUAUAUAAACUCAGCAGUAAAUUCUGGAGGGAGUGUCGAAUGGUUGCUAUAUUGAGACAGACAGAAUUCUGGCCAUAAUCAGUAAAAUCCAGAAAAAAAUACAGCAUCUUGCAUAUAUUUCAAGCAUUUCUCCCCCUUAAUCAUGUUCCUUUGCUCCAUGUGAAUGCUCAUUUAAAUACUGGACAGAAUCCAGUAAUGUGUUUCUUUAGAUCCUUUUUUUCCCCACAAUCAAUGAUCCAUUCACAAAAAUCUUCUCCAUGAAGGGCCACAGCAGGAACAGAAGAAAGUGCAAAAUCCACUAGCCUUAAAUACAGAAGUAGAUUGUUGGAUGUGGGUCAUUAGUAUUACGAGGAUCACUAGAUGAUGGCCAUACAGAUUAUUGGAUCAUGAGCAAUUUGAACAACUGGUCCUCAUUGUACCACCUUGUUUCAAACGCCAGCUGAAUCCAGUCCCUGCUUGGUGGUAAAUGCAUUAGUUGUGGUAGUAACAGUGACUGUGGACAUGCAUUUAUUCAGUUGUUAUAAUAGAAACGAAAAGUAUUAAUACAAAAUUUUGUUCUUUAUUGACUCUUGUUCUAGAUAUCAUUUUGAUUUAGACAUAGAUUGCACUUCAAACUAGUUUUGCAGCAUCUACUUGACUAUUUCUAAUACAGGUGGUGAACCUUUGAUCCUCCUGCUGUUUUGGAUUCCAGGUUCCCUUGCCACUGAACAUGCUGGCUGUGAUUUGUAAAGGUUGGGAGUCAAAAUGUCUGGAGGAUCACAGGUUUCCUAGCCACCCCUAAACAAACUUCACGGAGGUGUCAAAGUUAAGAAAAAUCGUUAAGUUUCCAAAAACAAAAGCAAAAAAAAACCCUGAUCCUACCAACUUACAGAUAAAGCCUUCAUUUUCUUUUAUAUGUAAAGAAUUUUUUUAAAAAAAAACUAGCUACCUUUAUAAUCUUAGAGGAAAACCACAGGUAUUUUGUAUAUCUUUUAAGAAUGAUACUUCAAGCUUCCUACAUUUUUGCCUCUAGGAAGUUUGGCCUAUGUACAGCUGUGAGGCACAUGCACAGACAUUUGAGUAUUUCCAUUCUCUGCAUGUUGCUUAUUUAGCCCCUACUGCCACCUUCUGUAGGGUAGGUAGACCUGAAUUAGAGCUGUUGUGCAUGGCAUUUAGUGAUGGGUUCAUGCCAUUGUCACUAUACAUGUUAUACAUAGCAAAUAAACCAAGUAUUCAAGUGUA